AAUGCCCCCGCAAGCAAACUGCACCCCUUCCCCACCCCCAGCCUGUCCAGAGUCACCGAGGCUGCCGGCAAAUGGUUCUUCAGAGCAAGGACAGAUGCGCAUUCUGUGAGGCUAAAUUUAAGAGGGAUGAAAGUGUCAUAUGGCUGGAAGGGGACCUUACAAAAUGAGUUAGUGCAAAGAACAACGACACCUGCAGCAAUACUGAUGCUGUCUGUCCGUGCAGAGUUUCGGAAUUACCCUCAGAGGCAGCGCGCCCGGCGUGACUUUGAGACUGUGAGUCAGCUUCCUCACAUCCCACGCCUGCUGUACCACCACUGGCGAGGCGCAAAUGAGGGCAGAGCUGAGAACUUUUUUGGCUGCGACGCUGCUGAAUCAAAAAUGGACUUGAUGCAGGACCAGCGUAUACAAAUGGCUGACUGUCCUGAUGCGCCUGUGUACGGUGUCCAGACAGAAGGCUCAGGUGAGAGCUUUUCCUGGUGCUCUGAAAGGAAUCCAGCGCUGUGUGGACUUAUCAGCUUAAACCACGUGGAUUUAGACCUCCGGCUGCUAAGGCGCACUCACGGCCACGGGAGAGGGGAAGAGGGGCUGCAAUUAAAAUCUGAAAUCGCAGUGUUUGCGGGAAAGCAGUCGCACGGCUGGGCAAGCGGCUGCCUUUCAGAGGCCUGUUGGAAACGUUUGCACGUGGACGAAAGGAGCACUGUCGCAGACGGUGGCUGCAGGUCAGCAGAAAUUGAUUUUUGUCUGUUCUGAACGAAGCUGAAAUGAAGGAGGCUGUGUUCCAACAACACCAUCAGAUUCAACAGAGGAAACAGCUUUUCUUUGCCAAACAUUCCAAACUCAAAAAUCAGAGACGACCAUGUCAUCCUUCUGGCCUGAAAAAUUGUAGCUGCCAAAGCGUAUGAGGGCACUGUAUCACUUUGGGGGGGCGGGUAGUUUUAACACAUAGCUUGAUCUGGCAAAAAAUAAAACAAAUACACCCAGAGCAACACAGAGGAAUCUAGCCUACAUCGUGGUUAGGAACAGGCAUUGAAGCUUGACAGCCCUCUGUUCAAACUCAGGAUUAAUUAGCUCUGUGUCCACAAGGAAGUGGUUGAAUCCCCCUGCGUCUCUGCUUGGUCAUCUAGAAGAUCAUAAUGAUGAAACCUCCCUUGUGCUGUGGUUGUGAUCAUUAGAGAUGCUGCCUCUGAAGGGCUUAGCACAGUGCAUGGCACAGUCAGUGCCCAGCAAAUUCCCUUCCUGCCCAUCUCCAAGUGCUCAGUAUACUUACAAGGCCCCUACACUAUGACUUUGACAACCAUAGCUGGAAAGGAGACUUUCCACCAAAACUUCAAAGAGACCUAUCUGCCAUGGAUGUAAAAAAAUUACUAUUCUUAAAAUGUCAGCUUCCCUAUGAUAAAAAUCACUUUAGAAUUUAUGAGGAGGAAAUAGGAAAGUGAAAAUUGGUCAGGCUACUUACUCCUUAAUUCUGAUUUAGAGCAGCCGUAAAACUCUAAAUAUAUCUGCUCAGUGCCCUAGCACUGAGGAGGUUUCCAUGCAGUUUUCUAGAAAUGAGAGUAAAUGACUGUGUUUUGGAUCAAGAAGCCCCACACGGCAGAGCUUCAUGCAGAACCUGGGACCAUUCCUCUUUCAGUGGGGAUGGAAAACAACAAACUAGGACUCUAUCCUUUGCAAACGCCAACAGCUCUUUUGAUUUAUUUUCCCUCUCUCAUCAUCAGAGAGCUUGAGAAGCUAACAUGAGAAUCAGGCCUCAGGUAGAAAUGCCCCCUGGUUUGUGCCCAUCACCUCCCCAGCUUGAAUGCUCCUGGGCCUCAUUCACUGUUGGUUUCUUCUGUUCGAGGACAGGGCAGCUCCUGCUCUGGAGGAUUCACAGCAGACCUGGUAGAGUCCUUGUACAGAUGAGAAUCAAUUUCUCUGUGCCCUUCCCUUCCUCCUGGUAGGAAGGGGCUCUUUUUUACAUAAACAUAUUAAAGUAAUGGUAAGUCCACAUAUAAGCAUUCAAAUGAUUUUUAGCCUGGGCACCAAAGCCAUUUAAUGGAGAAAAGAAAAUCUAUUCAACUGGCAGUGCUGGUAUAACUGUGUAUCUGUUUGGAAAAAUAAAGAACCUUGUUCCGUCUCACACCGCACACAAAAACCAACUGAAGCUGGAUCACAGAUCUACGUGAGAAAGCAAAAAUGAUUAACCUACUAGAAUAGAACACAGACGUAUCUUUACAACCUUGAGGUGGGUAUAUAUUUUCUAGAGAGGACAUAAAAACCGCAGACCAUAAAAGAAUAAACAUUAAUAAAUUAGACUAUCAAAAUUAAAAAUUCCUGUGGAUUAAAAAACACCAUCAAGAAAAUUGAUAGGCAAUUCACAGACUGGGAAAAAUAAUUCACAACACAUACAUAUGACAAAUGACUUGUAUCUAGUAUAUCAAGAACUCCUGCAACUCAAUAGUAAAAGAGACAACCAAAUAAAAACUGGACAAAAGACUUAAGUAUUUCACAAAAGAUGAUAAUGAAAUGGCAGUAAGCACAUGAAAAAGCACACACGAUCCUUCAGGAAUGCAAAUGAAAAUCACGAGAUACUGCUGGACACCCACUAUAGUGGAUAAAAUGAGAGAACAUGCCGCAAUCAGAACUUUCAUAUAUUGCUAGCAGGAGCAUAAAGUGGUACAUCCUGUUUGACAGUGUUUUAAAAAGUUAAACUUACAACUACCCUAUGACCUAAGUAUUUAUCCAAGAGAGAUGAAAACAACAUGUGCAAGCAUGUUGAUGGCAGCUUUCUGUAUAAUAGCCCCAAACUAGAAGUAUCCUGCAUGCCCAUCAAUAGAGUGGAUAAGCAAACUGUGGUACAUCUAUACAGUGAAAUAUUACUCAUCAAAGCAAAAGGAACAAACUCAUGAUGUAUGCAGCAAGAUAGAUGCACCUCAAAAACAUUUUCCUAGUGAAAGAAGCCAGACCUCCUCACCAGCCAAAACCUAAAUGUAUGAUUCUACUUAUAUAAAAUUCUAAGUAAAGCAAACUAUGUUAUGGUGAUGGAAAUCUGAUCAGUGAUUACUUCCAGGGAGCGAGAAUUGAGUGGGGAAGGGCAGACAGACUUUCUGGAGCAACAUCAAUGUUCUGUGCUUGGAUGCACGUGCGUUAAGACUGAGUGGACAGUACACUUAAGAUCUGGGCAUUUCACUGUGCAUAAAUUAAACCUCAAUUUAAAAAUGAAAGUUAUCGGGGGAAGGUUGUCCAAAGGUACAAACGUUCAGUUAGAAGAUAGAUAAUCAGUACCAAGGAUAUAAAGUACCACAUGAUGACUAUAGUUAACUCUGCAGGGUGAUAUAUAGGAAAGUUACUAAAAGACUAUAUCCUAAGAGUUCUCAUU